AUGAUGCGGGACAUUGUUGAAAAAAGGAUAAAUGAGCCAUUUCGUACUAUGUCAAAAGUAGUUCCACUUAGUAAAUUAUCUAAUUUUGCGAAAAAAGCUAUUAAUAGCAUCAAGUUGGCUGAUUUACCGAAACAUUGUCGUAUGCAACCGUGUAAGGAAAGAAUUCAUGAUCAUAAAACAAUCACCCAUUUUCCGACUUCAACAGCAAAUUUGAAUAUAUUAUCUACCGAUAUUAAGUCUACAUUUACCGCAAAUGGUAAUACAAUAGAUAAUCGAAAAUCAUCAACGAUACAAACGAAACAUACAGAUGUAAGUCAUAAAUUGAAGCAUGGUAAUAUGCAUAAAAUAAGUGAUACAUCAUCGACACAUCAAUUAUCUUCAAUACAUACCAAAACAUUACGUAAUGUUACGUCAUCACCGAUUCUAGCAACGUCAGAUAUGGACGUACAUCAAAUGGAUACGCUAAAUUUUAUAGAUCCUUGCGCUAAUUGCUAUUCUAGCAAUAAGUCAAUUCCUAUUAAUAAUUUGGAUAAUGUAAACAAAUAUAUUGAUGAGGCAGAUUUUACCCAAUGUAGUGCUAAAUAUGCAUUUAAUUAA